GGAGAGCAAGUGGAGCUGUUGCUAAUGACAAGCUCCCAGCCAGCUCCACGGUCAACGCUGCAGCUGUAAUUCUCGCGACACAACCGCGGCAAUCCAGCCCAAGGGCCAUAAUUAACCCACUGAAUACGUGCAGAAUGCGAUUACAGUAACAAAAUCCCACCGAUUUAAUUUCCAACAACGAACUGAGCGAGCGACACGCCGCGGGAUGACGACGUCCCCACGGGACAUUCGACAGCACACACCAUGGCCGAAAUCAACGUGAUGGCGCCGCCAGACCUCGAGGCAGCUGCUCCGACGCCUAUUGCGCAGCUGGAGAAUAGUCUAGACGACCAGAAUUCGCGCGUUGUUGACGGUGUCGUGACCAUUACGUGGCCGUACAGCAUCGUCACCAAGUCGAUAGCCUUUGUCCUCGCCGAGAAGGAUUACCUUCUGCGCCGCAACAAGGGCCAGGUUCGCGUCGAAUUCCACGGCGCUGCAGGAAAAGCCCUGCAAGCUGCAGGUGUUGGAGGCGGUGAUGAAGUGCGAAUCAGCCUCAACGGCGUGCAAUGGGAGCCGUGCAGCACGACGACGCGCUUACCUGGCACGCCCCUGGAUACACAGCUCAAGUUUACAAAUCGAGUGUCGCUGCGCAUUCGACGAGCAGAGACGGAAGAAACGAGCGUUAUAUCUAUCGACCAACCUGCAGACGAAAAAGAAGAGGGACCAAUAGAGGAGCCCGCACCGCUUAUUAGUUCGCCGCCCCUCGAUCUCUCCAGCGUCUUUGCGACACCGAGACCUGCGUCGCCACCGCUUCGAGCAAAGAGAACGGCCGCGACGGCUUUGGAACCAGAUGAAUAUGCAUCGCCGGCAUAUCUAAAGCGUGCUAGAGUGUCGUAUGGGUCGCUCUUUGAAGGCGGCCUUGAUAUUUUUGAUGAUGAAGCGACCAAGAAGAGCAAGAAGUCGAGGAGAAAGUCGAGGUUCAGCAUGGGCGCUACUGGCUGGAGAUAUAGUAGCAAGUCACCGUCGCCUGAACCCGAACCGACAGGGAAAGAAGAUGAGCUGGGGGUAUCAGAGUCUGAUGAGGACGACGAGAUCCCAAUCCCUCCUCUGUCGAUACCAAAGAGCAGUAUGGUGGACGAAGGAUCGCAGACACAAGGGUUGUCUGUUGAAUCCUUUGGAUCACUAAGAGCGUCGCAAACUGCGUUUCUACCCAAUACGCCUACGCCAGCCGCAAAUCCUGUCCAGACAAAGUCGAACAUGGCAAAUCUCGAAGAAGCUGCCAUCCUACAAGGCAUGGCUGGGGACCGUGGUGUUGGUUUCGUCACGGACUCUCAAACGUCAACAUAUGGAGCCACCAAUAAUCUUUUUGCUUCACAGGCGCCAUUGCCAAAGCUCGAUGUUGAAGCCGGUGCUAGCGCAGCUGCAAAUGACCCGAUGACUGAUUCUGCCAUCGAUCAGCUCUUGGGCUUGGAGCCGGGCUCUUCUGAGGCAAGUAAGGCGUUACCAGUUUCAGAGGGCGGCUUUGGGUCGUCACUAUUUGGUUCUGCGCCAACACAUGGAUUCGGCUGGGGCGUGCCACCACCUCCCACGGCGUUCCCUACGACGACUGUAGCUGCCGAGCCUCAACAGUCUGCUAUGGUCAUCAUUGAUAGCUCACCUGUAUUGGAUGUCACAGCAAAUGAAGGAAGAUCCACGUUUACGGAUAUUACCAAGGAGCCUGCUGCCCCAGAGCCUAAUGUGGACGAUGAUCAAGACGCAGAAGGGGAACGAGAAGCUUCUGAACACGAGUCUAUUGAUUCUACUGCUCUCAUUAUUCGAGAAGACGCCUCUGCCGAGGAAGAGGCGGAACAUGACGUCGCCGAAUAUGACGAAGAUGAGGAGCAGGAUGAAGAUGAAGACGAGCGCCCCGAAGAGCGCCCCGAAGAGCGCCCCGAAGAAGAGGAUGAUGCUACAGAGUACGAGAUCAGGGAACGCGCUAGACAACAGCGUCUUCGAGAUGGCGAAUCUGAAGGAGAGGAUGUAGAUGAUCAGUCUGAUGAUGGUCAAUCUGACGACGGCCACUACGAUGACGAAGACGUCGAAGAUGAAGACGUCGAAGACGAAGACGAUGAAGAGCAGUCACAUAGCUACCACAGGCGGCGCGAGCAUUAUCAAGAUGAUGAUGAUGAGGAGGAGGAGCAUGAUGAAGACGAAGAAGAGCAAGAAGAGGAGGGAGACUACGACGAGGAAGAAGAAGAGGAGGAGGAGGAACCCCCAGCGCCUCCCCCACAACCCAAAGCACCCGUCUUUAUCGAUCUAUUAUCGGAUUCGGACGAUGACGAGCCGGUAAAACCUACACCGCUACCGGCCCCUGUUGCUCCUAAAGUAGAGCCCGCGGUUUCAGAGCCUGAACAGGCGGAAGAGCUUGAGGAGCCAGAAGAAUCAGAACACGAAGAAAGCCCCGAACCAGAAGAAGAGCUAGAGGCUGAUGAAGAGGAUGCCGAAGAAGAGAAUCCCGAAAGUCCAGCUGAAUCCCCUCGCUCUCAAGCCUCACUGGUUGAAGGAGAUGAAUCUGAAGCAGAAGUUGAACAAGAUGAAGCUGAAGCAGAGGUUGAACAAGAUGGUGAUGAAGAGAUGGAAUCCGAGGGCAGUGCACAUGUCGAAGAGGAACCAGUCGCUGAUUCUCCUCAGGUUGAAUCUCCCGAACCUGAACCUGCCAAAGUAGAAGCUGUCGAACUCGAACUAGUUGAGCCUGAGACUGAACCUGAGGCAGUCGAGGAACAAAUAGAAGAAAAAGAAGAAGAAGAGCAGCCGCUAGAAGAGGAAGAGGAACUGGUCCAGAUUGUUGAACCCGAGUCUAUGGAUGUCGAUGAAGAAGAGCCAGUAGCCGAAGAAGAGCCAGUAGCCGAAGAAGAGCGCCCACUUGAAACUACAGAGGCCAUGGACGAAGAUGUCAAGGAAGACGUCGCGGAACCAGAACCUGUCGAGGCUGUCAAGUCUAUCGAGACCGAGGAACCUGUCGUGGAACCGGAGGAGCUUGAAGCAGCCGUUGAACACUUGAAGCCUCAAGAGCAGGUGGAGGUUGUAGAAGUCCUCACGUCAAAGCGCGUAACUAGAAGCGCAGCAGCUUUGUCUCCGCCGCCGACACAGGUGCAGCUUGCUGAUGAUGGCCAGAUCCAUCCUGUGGAAGAACCGAAUCAAGACGAGGUAAUCCCAGUAGAGGAGGUGAUUGAGUCCCAGAUGGUGACUCGAAGCGCCGCAGCAAUUUCACCACCGCCGGCACAGGUGCAACUAGCUGAUGACGGUAUCAUUGAAGCAGUUGAAGAGUCUAUUCAAAUUAUCCCCGAAGAAGCUGCCGAAGAAGAACAACCCAAGGAAGGAUCAAAAGAGCAGGAGGAUGAAGUUACUGCAGAGGACCAGAUUAUGGAAGAGUUCCUCCAGCACUCUGCCGAGCAGAGCUUCCUGUCGUCUUCAGACGCGCAACCAGAAGAUGCCGAUAGGAAAGUCGAUCCCAAUAUCAGCUCUCGAUCACUUCGAAGCCACAGGCGGACAAGAUCGGCUCAGAGUGAGCAGCCGUCCAUUGAUGCUGUUUUGGCCGAAGCCGCAGAAUCAACCAAGACUGCUUCAAAGCGGACGAGAAAGGCACCUACACCAGUUCCUGCGCCAGCAGAGCCGGCGCCGCGUCUUACACGGAGCAUGAUUGGCAGAGCUGAUCCUAGCGUGGCACUGGCUAAAGCUGGUAUCUCAUCGUCACCAAGCUCGCAAGAAGCUACCCCCAGGCGUCGAUUGCAUAGAACGAGAACGAUGCUAGAUAUUGCAGGCUCUGGUAGAGAACAUAUCCUUGACAGCCCGUACUCGCCGCGAACGACGAGAAGCCAUGACUCCCCGGCAUCUACUCCUGCUCAGGGCACACCAGAGCCAUCUACAUCGCAGAUCCACGAGGCUGAGCAGUCUGUGCCUGAGACUGUUGAACCAGCUGUGGAAGAAGCCCCUGCUUCUGAAGAGAAGCCUGCAGAAGCCGAUGAAGAUGAAACAGAAACAGAAGCCAAGGCUGAGAGCGGUUCUGCGCUACGGUUCAAACUGCGUAAGAGUCUGUCUACCAUGCUACCAGAUAACUUCCCGCUCGACUCACUUAGGCACUCACUCAACAAGGUUGGCGACAUUAUGGCCGUGGCGGCAGCUAAGCCAGAGCCAUCGCAUCGCCCUAGGAACGGCCCUCGCGAUUACAUGCUGGAGCUCUUCCUGACUGAUCCGUCAUCCCCAUCAUCCAGCGUACACGUUGCGCAGCUCUACCGGCCACAUCAGUCUGCCCUUCCCAUUGUGGAAGAGGGCGACGUGGUGCUGCUACGACGCAUGCAAGUCCAUGCCGUCAAGGGCCGCGGAUUCGGCGUCCGAGUGACGGAUUCUUCGUCAUGGGCUGUCUUUGAACAGAGCAGUGACGAGAUGCUGCCGCAGAUUCGUGGCCCGCCGGUAGAAGUCACGGACAAGGAGAUUGAAUACGCAGAAAGCCUCCAGCGAUGGUGGAAGGGCUUGGACAAGAGAGCAAGGACGAACCUGGCAAAGGCGAGCAGGAAGGCGGCGUCAGCUGGGAAAGGGUAGUUUGCGGACGAAGGGGAAGUAGAAUGAAGAAUGUUAUAGCUAGCACAUGUGCCUCGGGCACGAGAGAAUCUCGCUGUACAAGAAAGAGGCCAUGCUAUGAUGCCGUGUUUACAAGACUACAACAUAUGUUUUUUUUUCAGCUGGAUGACGUUUAUGAGUAAUAUACCCCAAAUACCAAGACUUGCUGAUGCUGAUGUGAUGUGAUGGCGCCAGGCCACCCGCAGAAUAACCUCGGGCCAACGCAGAUGUAGAUUAUGAUGAUCUCGGCAGUGGUCUGAGAUGUGAAGCAACCAACCAUACAAUGGAUGGAUAGAUGUAAAUGGAGAGGGUAGGCAGAGUAAUUUGGAGAAGGGAGGCGUGAGGAUAGCAAGCCGUCUGAGUAAUAGCGGGCUUGUAAGUAUCUGGUACUUGAGCCAUCUUUGGGCAUCAAAGAUGAGUCUUUGCGUGUGCGUAGAGUAAUAGAGCAACGAAAGGCCGUCGGGGUAUUCCGGUAUAAGCUCGUGGGACGACGCCGAGCUGCUGGCGCCGGGCC